AUGAAGUGUACUUCUGGCAGCAUUGGUCCAUGGUAUAAUAACGACAAUUCUUGGGGUGUGUCCGCGCCAGGUGGUACUGGAUUUUUUGCGAUGGUCACUGGCGAAGACUGGCGCAUCUCGUCGCCCAAGAAGAUCAACGAUGUCAACCCGGGGCAUAACACCUGGUUUAGUCAGUCUGCUAAUCCUGCGGAUGGCCAAGGAUAUGAUGCUUGCUACGACAAUUUCAUUGACCCAAGCUACGCUCCCACUGAUCGCAACUCGAAAUUCGAGGUGAUGUUUCGGGUCGGUUAUCGCGCCCCUAAUUCUCCUCUCUCCGACCACUAUGGCUCAAAUGGUGCGGUGCCUUGGGCACGGAACGUGAAUAUUGGAGGCAAAGAUUGGCCAACCGGCGGUGCUCUUACCAUGACUUACGUCGAUCCGAAUAACUCAGGUUGGUUCUCGGGUAGUUUAACGCCUUUCUUCCAGCAUGGCAUCAGCAAUGGCUGGUAUAGUGGGGAUGACUAUUUGACUAGUGUUAUGGCAGGCUGGAAAUUUGGCAAAGGAGAUUAUACGGCUUCUUCGUGGGGUGCCAUUGGAUUCUGA